AUGGGCAAGAAGUGGAGGGACGCGGGUGAGAUGGAGAGAGGCUGCUCUGACCGCGAGGACAGCGCAGAGAGCCGCAGGCGCAGCCGCAGCGCCAGCCGGGGCAGGUUUGCCGAGUCGUGGAAAAGGUUAAGUUCCAAGCAGGGGUCCACCAAGCGCUCAGGACUGCCGGCCCAGCAGACACCGGCUCAGAAAUCCUGGAUUGAAAGAGCAUUUUAUAAAAGAGAAUGUGUUCACAUCAUACCCAGCACCAAAGACCCCCAUAGGUGUUGCUGUGGGCGCCUCAUAGGCCAGCAUGUUGGACUCACUCCCAGUAUCUCUGUGCUUCAGAAUGAGAAAAAUGAGAGUCGCCUCUCCCGAAAUGACAUCCAGUCUGAGAAGUGGUCUAUCAGCAAACACACUCAGCUCAGCCCAACAGAUGCUUUUGGGACCAUUGAGUUCCAAGGAGGCGGCCAUUCCAACAAAGCCAUGUAUGUCCGAGUAUCUUUUGAUACGAAACCUGAUCUCUUGCUACACCUGAUGACCAAGGAAUGGCAACUGGAGCUUCCCAAACUGCUCAUCUCUGUGCACGGAGGGCUGCAGAACUUUGAACUCCAGCCCAAACUCAAGCAAGUCUUCGGGAAGGGGCUCAUCAAAGCAGCCAUGACAACAGGAGCGUGGAUCUUCACUGGAGGGGUCAACACAGGUGUCAUUCGUCAUGUUGGAGAUGCCUUGAAAGACCAUGCAUCUAAGUCUCGAGGGAAGAUUUGUACCAUAGGUAUCGCCCCCUGGGGAAUUGUGGAAAACCAGGAAGACCUGAUUGGAAGAGAUGUAGUCCGUCCAUACCAGACCAUGUCCAACCCUAUGAGCAAGCUCACCGUUCUCAAUAGCAUGCACUCCCACUUCAUCCUGGCUGACAACGGGACCACGGGAAAAUACGGAGCCGAGGUCAAACUCCGCAGACAACUGGAAAAGCACAUUUCACUCCAGAAGAUAAACACAAGAAUCGGUCAAGGGGUUCCAGUGGUGGCUCUCAUCGUGGAAGGAGGACCCAAUGUGAUCUCAAUUGUAUUGGAAUACCUUCGAGAUACCCCUCCUGUACCAGUCGUGGUCUGCGAUGGGAGUGGACGGGCAUCCGACAUCCUGGCAUUUGGGCACAAAUAUUCAGAAGAAGGCGGACUUAUCAAUGAAUCUUUGAGGGACCAGCUGUUGGUGACAAUACAGAAGACCUUCACAUACACUCGCACCCAAGCUCAGCACCUGUUCAUCAUCCUCAUGGAAUGUAUGAAGAAGAAAGAACUGAUCACAGUGUUUCGAAUGGGAUCUGAAGGCCACCAGGACAUAGAUUUAGCUAUCCUGACAGCAUUACUCAAAGGCGCCAAUGCAUCCGCACCAGACCAACUGAGCUUAGCUUUAGCCUGGAACAGAGUUGACAUCGCUCGCAGCCAGAUCUUUAUUUACGGGCAGCAGUGGCCGGUAGGGUCCCUGGAGCAAGCCAUGCUGGAUGCCCUGGUCCUGGACAGAGUGGAUUUUGUGAAAUUACUCAUAGAAAACGGAGUAAGCAUGCACCGUUUCCUCACCAUCUCCAGACUAGAGGAACUGUACAAUACGAGACAUGGGCCCUCAAAUACAUUGUACCACUUGGUCAGGGAUGUCAAAAAGCGAGAGUAUCCAGGUUUCGGUUGGAUCUAUUUUAAGGGAAACCUGCCCCCGGACUACAGAAUCAGCCUGAUAGACAUUGGCCUGGUGAUCGAGUACCUGAUGGGCGGGGCUUACCGCUGCAACUACACGCGCAAGCGCUUUCGGACCCUCUACCACAAUCUCUUUGGCCCCAAAAGGCCCAAAGCCUUGAAACUGCUGGGAAUGGAGGAUGAUAUUCCCUUGAGGAGAGGAAGAAAGACAACUAAGAAGCGUGAGGAAGAAGUGGACAUAGACCUGGAUGACCCUGAGAUCAACCACUUUCCAUUCCCCUUCCAUGAGCUGAUGGUGUGGGCUGUCCUCAUGAAGAGACAGAAGAUGGCCCUGUUCUUCUGGCAGCAUGGAGAGGAGGCCAUGGCCAAAGCCCUGGUGGCCUGCAAGCUCUGCAAAGCCAUGGCUCACGAGGCUUCUGAGAAUGACAUGGUUGAUGACAUUUCCCAGGAGUUGAACCACAACUCCAGGGACUUUGGCCAGCUGGCCGUGGAGCUCCUGGACCAGUCCUACAAACAGGAUGAGCAGCUGGCCAUGAAACUGCUGACGUACGAGUUGAAGAACUGGAGCAACGCCACAUGCCUGCAGCUGGCUGUGGCUGCCAAGCACCGUGACUUCAUUGCACACACGUGCAGCCAGAUGUUACUUACGGACAUGUGGAUGGGACGGCUCCGGAUGAGAAAGAACUCAGGCCUCAAGGUAAUUCUGGGAAUUCUACUUCCUCCUUCAAUUCUCAGCUUGGAGUUCAAGAAUAAAGAUGACAUGCCCUAUAUGACUCAGGCCCAAGAAAUUCAUCUCCAAGAGAAGGAGCCGGAGGAGCCAGAGAAGCCCACAAAGGAAAAAGAUGAAGAGGACAUGGAACUAACAGCAAUGUUGGGGCGAAACAAUGGGGAGUCAUCCAGAAAGAAAGAUGAAGAAGAAGUCCAAAGCAGGCACCGUCUAAUCCCUGUGGGCCGAAAAAUCUAUGAGUUCUACAACGCACCCAUCGUGAAGUUCUGGUUCUACACUCUGGCCUACAUUGGAUACCUGAUGCUCUUCAAUUACAUCGUGUUAGUGAAGAUGGAGCGCUGGCCUUCCACUCAGGAAUGGAUUGUCAUCUCCUACAUUUUCACUCUGGGAAUAGAGAAGAUGAGAGAGAUCCUAAUGUCGGAGCCUGGCAAGCUGCUGCAGAAAGUCAAAGUGUGGCUUCAGGAGUACUGGAACGUCACAGACCUCAUCGCCAUCCUUCUCUUCUCGGUGGGAAUGAUCCUUCGUCUUCAAGACCAGCCCUUCAGGAGUGACGGGAGGGUCAUCUACUGUGUGAACAUCAUUUAUUGGUAUAUCCGCUUGCUAGACAUCUUCGGCGUGAACAAGUAUCUGGGCCCAUAUGUAAUGAUGAUUGGGAAAAUGAUGAUAGACAUGAUGUACUUUGUCAUCAUUAUGCUGGUGGUGCUGAUGAGCUUUGGGGUCGCCAGGCAAGCCAUUCUCUUUCCCAAUGAGGAGCCAUCAUGGAAACUGGCCAAGAAUAUCUUCUACAUGCCUUAUUGGAUGAUUUAUGGGGAAGUGUUUGCUGACCAGAUAGACCCUCCCUGUGGACAGAACGAGACCCGAGAGGAUGGCAAGACAAUCCAGCUGCCCCCAUGCAAGACAGGAGCAUGGAUUGUCCCGGCCAUCGCCAUCAUGGCCUGCUACCUCUUGGUGGCGAACAUCCUUCUGGUCAACCUCCUUAUUGCUGUCUUCAACAAUACAUUUUUUGAGGUCAAGUCGAUAUCCAACCAAGUAUGGAAAUUUCAGAGGUACCAGCUCAUCAUGACUUUCCACGAGAGGCCGGUUCUGCCCCCACCGCUCAUCAUCUUCAGUCACAUGACCAUGAUAUUCCAGCAUGUGUGCUGCCGGUGGAGGAAGCAUGAGAGUGACCCGGAUGAAAGGGACUACGGCCUGAAACUCUUCAUAACUGAUGAUGAACUCAAGAAAGUGCAUGAUUUUGAAGAGCAGUGCAUAGAGGAAUAUUUCAGAGAGAAGGAUGAUCGCUUCAACUCAUCCAACGAUGAGAGGAUACGGGUUACAUCGGAAAGGGUAGAGAACAUGUCCAUGAGGCUGGAGGAAGUUAAUGAGAGAGAACAUUCCAUGAAGGCUUCACUCCAGACUGUGGACAUCCGGUUAGCACAGCUGGAGGACCUCAUCGGGCGCAUGGCCACGGCCCUGGAGCGCCUGACUGGUCUGGAGCGGGCGGAGUCUAACAAAAUCCGCUCACGGACCUCCUCAGACUGCACGGAUGCAGCCUACAUCGUCCGCCAGAGCAGCUUCAACAGCCAGGAAGGGAACACCUUCAAACUUCAAGAGAGUAUAGACCCUGCAGGUGAGGAGACCAUGUCCCCAACUUCUCCAACCUUAAUGCCCCGUAUGCGAAGCCAUUCUUUCUAUUCAGUCAAUGUGAAAGACAAAGGUGGUAUAGAAAAGUUGGAAAGCAUUUUCAAAGAAAGGUCCCUGAGCUUACACCGAGCUACCAGCUCCCACUCAGUAGCAAAAGAACCCAAAGCUCCUGCAGCCCCUGCAAACACCUUGGCCAUUGUUCCUGACUCCAGAAGACCAUCAUCAUGCAUAGACAUCUAUGUCUCUGCCAUGGAUGAGCUCCACUGUGAUAUAGACCCUCUGGAUAAUUCCAUGAACAUCCUUGGUCUGGGCGAGCCAAGUUUUUCAGCUCUAGCACCUUCCACAGCCCCUUCAAGUAGUGCCUAUGCAACCCUCGCACCUACAGACCGACCUCCAAGCAGAAGCAUUGAUUUUGAAGACCUCACCUCCAUGGACACUAGAUCUUUUUCUUCAGACUAUACCCACCUCCCAGAAUGCCAAAACCCCUGGGACACAGACCCUCCAACAUACCAUACCAUCGAGCGUUCCAAGAGUAGCCGCUACCUAGCCACCACGCCCUUUCUUAUGGAAGAGGCCCCCAUUGUAAAAUCCCAUAGCUUUAUGUUUUCUCCUUCAAGGAGCUACUACGCCAACUUUGGGGUGCCUGUGAAAACAGCAGAAUACACAAGUAUUACAGACUGUAUCGACACAAGAUGUGUCAAUGCCCCCCAAGCAAUAGCUGACAGAGCCACCUUCCCCGGAGGUCUCGGAGACAAAGUGGAAGACUUAUCUUGUUGCCACCCUGAGCGAGAGGCAGAGCUGAGCCAUCCUAGCUCUGACAGUGAAGAAAAUGAGGCCAGAGGCCGGAGAGCUGCCAAUCCGAUAUCCUCUCAGGAGGCUGAGAAUGCAGACAGAACCCUAUCCAACAACAUCACAGUUCCCAAGAUAGAGCGCGCCAACAGCUACUCGGCAGAGGAGCCAAGCGUACCAUAUGCACAUACCAGAAAGAGCUUCUCCAUCAGUGACAAGCUUGAUAGACAGAGGAAUACGGCAAGUCUCCGAAAUCCCUUCCAGAGAAGUCAGUCCUCCAAGCCGCAGAGCCGAGGGGAUAACCUAUCCAUGAAGAGACUGUCUAGAACAUCGGCUUUUCAUAGCUUUGAAAGCAAGCACAACUAA